UUUCAAGAUGGCGGACGAGAUCGUGUUUGAAAGGCCUUGUUGGAAAAAGACCUGAAUUUUGUCUCUGACUUUUCUYCUUUKAGUCAAUUAGAAAKAAAUAACAUGGAUUUAUUAGGAUCUAUCUUAGAUAGCAUGGAUGCACCUCCAAAAACGGAGAAUAAAGAAGAAAAAGAGAAGAAACGCAAAUUGCUCAAGAUUCAAAAAGAAGAAAGAAAAAAGAAAGCAGAGUUUAGAACAAAGAUUGAAAAAGAUGUCAAUGAUUUUAUUCAAGAUGAAAAACGAACAAGACACAAGUAUCCUCCAAUGAACAAGAUACAAAGGACUAUUGUACAUGAUGUUGCUGAAGUUGCUGGACUUACAACAUUCUCCUUUGGUGAAGAUGAAGUAGACAGAUAUGUGAUGUUAUUCAAAAAGGAAUUCCCUCCUCCAGAUGAAGAACUAGAGGCAUACAGGAAUGGAGAGGUAAUGAAACUAUUUCAAAUUUGUUGUUCAUCUGUUUUUAUAUGUGGUAUUUUUUUAUAUGUGUUCAAUACAGUUCCAAGUGAAAACAAAAGAGAUUUACGAUCCAUUGAGGAAACCCUUAAUGACAUCAGAAAAAGAAAGAAAGCCAAAGUAUCCAGCAGUGAUGUUGAUGAUGAACCUUAACAUCAUCACGACCAGACAGUCCAGGUAAUUCCAGGAUUAUUUUUAGUAAACACUUACCACCUCACCAGUAAAGAUAAAAUGGUGGAAAUUACAUUUUACUUCAACUCAUUGAGACAAAUUAAUAUUCAAGGUUUAUUUGGAAUGAACACUUGAAUGAACACAGAAUUUCACCGGUAAAAAAAUCUUGGAAGAAAUUUCUUCACCUCAGAAAGUGAUUCAGGAUUAUUUGAAGACUUUUAUCAGCAGCAGGACUCAUUGAAUAUUGGUUAUGCCUGGUAAAACUACACUUCAGGAAUAACAAUUGGUAUCCAUGAAAUACUUAGUGGACAAGGGUUUUAGUGUACUUGACUUGAUUCUCAGUGAUGGUAUUGAAGUGAAAAGAAUCUACCUAGAUAUUGGCCAUGCUUGAUAACAUUAAAUGGUAUUGCAGGAGUCACACUUAGUGUACAUGACAAGGACUUUGGUAAACUGAAUGUCAAUUUAUUGUAUAGAACCCAAGGGAUACUUCAUGAAAUAAUGGCCAUAUCUGAUACAUGUACAUGAAACAAGAAUGGAUAUGUCCUGGAUUAUAAGUUAUGGUGGUGAAGGAAUAGGACAUGUUUUUACAGCUGUAGUAUUUAAUAUUGACUAUAAAUACUACAACAGAAUUUGCACUUGAAAUGAUAAUGGAUAAGGACAUGUGGUGUACAUUGGUAGUGGAAGUGAUUUAAGGACAUUGUAUUGAACAUUGAUCAUAUCCCUGCAGAUGAUUACAGCAGAGAAACAACAAUGUCAUUUUCUUGUUAGUUUCAAAAGUUUCUUAGAAAAUGACAAACUUUUUAUUAUUGUGAAAGUAAUUUUUCUUUUUUCUUUCUGUUAAAUAAAAGUUACAUAUAAAAGCCAAA